AUGGCACCCAAACGAAUAAUUAAAGGCUCCGACUCGGCGUCUGUCAUCCUUCCCUCCUCCCUCUAUCUUGGUCCCUGCUCAUCCGCGUCCUCACCGUCGUUUUUAAACUCUAAUUCAAUAAACAACGUUCUAAGUAUCGGUAUAACCCCAUCACCCAAAGUCGACGGUGUUACAUAUCACAGACUUGGUCUGAAGGAUGCCAUCAGGUCUUCCGUGAAAACUACCAUCGAAUCUGCUGUCAAAACAAUUGAGGAUGCGUUGAAAUCUAACAAAGGCCGUGGACGGAUCCUAGUGCACUGUUCUGCAGGCGUGUCUCGCUCGCCUACAAUCGUCGUUGCGUAUCUUAUGAAGCAUCGGAAUAUGUCCCUCAGAACGGCGUUGGGCCAUGUUGUGCGGAUACGACCACAGGUCUCGCCCAAUCCGGGAUUUAUAGAGCAAUUGAAAGACAUGGAAAUGGAACUCUACAAGGUAUCGACACUGAUUGAUGUGGAUGAGUUGCCACGGCGAGAAGUGGAUCGUAUAGCGUUGUUCAAUCAAGUGGAUAAACCUGACGAAUCCACGACUAUGGACCUUCCUGGAGAAACUCAGGCCCUCGAGACGGGUUAA